CUACUCCGACUUCUGCCUCGGUCCCGUAGGCUUCGGCGCAAUCAAUGUGUCGGUAUCCCUGACGGAUUGCACUCUUCACCAUUUCAACCAGCUCCGGCACAAAAGAGCCGUUCAUGUCGUCCUUAUACCAUGCUGUUCCUGUGCCGAAUCUCAUCUAGCGGAGUUAGUCCAUGUUCCUUUUGUAGACAAUACAAUCAGGUCAAAUACCAUUGGGAUCGAGGUUCCAUCUCACAACAUCAAGGCGGGAAUAUUGGGAGUCAUGGUGCUAUGGUGGUAGAUCACUUUGAUUCAUAA